CUGGAGGCGAUAUAUAAUAUACAAGAGAUAAAUAUCUGACUUCAAACCCUUUGAGUAGCAAAUAGCAAAGGGAAUCCGGACAACCAUCAAAUGAAAUGACGACUCUAACAGACCUCCCAUUUCAAAUCUUAGAGCUCAUUGCAUCUAAUUUGAGCGAAUUCACAAUCAAGUCAUUCUCCCUGGUAAGUAAGAAAUGCAGAGCAGUGAGCGAACCCGAAAUUUUCCGAACAAUCAAGAUUACAUACUCGGAGUUUGACUUCAAUAUGCUAGAGGAAUUAUCAAAGUCUCCUCUAGCAGCAUACGUGAAGAUCCUCCAUUAUGAUGUCUCGGAGCUAUUUGAUCCCGUCAUCCAGGAUUGGGAUUAUUUUACCUCUUGCGUAUAUACGCCACAGGAGUAUGCAAAAGACUAUACGGACUUUUGUUGGAAUCUCAGAGGCAACGGCUUUGCUUAUAAAGCAAUUUACACCUAUUUUCAACGCCUGAUUGCCGAUCAGCAGGCUAUCAUGGAGGAAAGAAAAGAUAUCCACGCAUUUAUGGAAAGCCUUCCACGCCUCAUAGACCUAAAGUGCAUCAAGUUGUCAUUUACUGGGGAGCACGAGAAUCAGCUACUGUGGUUUUCAAAUCGAUUAUUUGUUGACAGCUGGCACUCCUUUGCUGUCCACUUUGAAGCAGUUUUGAGAGGUAUGAUAUCAGCGAAGUGGAAUGGGCUGACUAUUCAGUCUUUGGAGAUACAUGGGAUGCCUUUCAGAUCAGCCCAUGAAUCUUCGAAUAUUUUGGAGAUUGCGGAACAAGGGCUGGCUCUCGUCAGAAACUUCAAGUUAGUGAACAGCCCGGGCUUAUUGGAUUUGAUGUCUGCUGUGACUUUGCCGUGCCUACAGAGAUUUGAAAUCACAGACUGUUGGCUCCUGGGCUCUAAGUUAAUUCGGUUCCUAGAAGCUCAUGAUGGGAUUGUGCAGCAUGUGGAGUUCUAUAGAAUAAACCUGUUCUAUGAAAGAUUCACCCCAGGCACUCGCUCAUCAAGUUGUGCAAGAACAUUUUGGGAACUUGUCACUGAGACCGGAAAUACUGUUAAGGUGGAAAGCCUCGUGAUCACACCAAUUUAAUGUAAAUUAUACUACUAGCCUGAG